CACUUCAGGGCCAGGCUGGCACGAUGCGCGUGGUGGUGAUUGGAGGAGGGGUUAUUGGACUGUCCACCGCCCUCUGCAUCCAUGAUCACUUCCACUCAGUCCUGCAGCCGCUGGAGGUGAAGGUCUACGCGGACCGCUUUACCCCGCUCACCACCACCGACGUGGCUGCCGGCCUAUGGCAGCCCUAUCUCUCCAACCCCAGCAACCCACAGGAGGUGCAAUGGAACCAGCAGACCUUUGACUACCUCCUGGGCCACAUCCAUUCUCCCAAGGCUGAUGACAUGGGCCUGGCCCUGAUUUCAGGCUACAACCUCUUCCGGGAAGCUGUUCCGGACCCUUUCUGGAAGAACACAGUUCUGGGAUUUCGAAAGAUGACCCCCAGAGAGUUGGACAUGUUUCCCGGUUAUAGCUAUGGAUGGUUCAACACAAGCCUGAUUCUGGAGGGGAGGAGGUAUCUGCAGUGGCUGACAGAGAGGUUAACUGAACGGGGCGUGAAACUCUUCCAGCGGAAGGUGGAGUCUUUCGAAGAGGUCGCAAGAGGAGGCGUGGAUGUGAUUAUCAACUGCACGGGGGUGUGGGCAGGAGCCCUGCAGCCAGACCCCCAGCUGCAGCCAGGCCGGGGGCAGGUCAUCAAGGUGGAUGCUCCGUGGAUAAAGCACUUCAUCCUCACCCAUGACCCAGAGAGAGGCAUCUACAGGUCCCCAUACAUCAUCCCAGGGAUCCAGGCGGUGACUCUUGGAGGCAUCUUCCAGCUGGGGAACUGGAGCGAGGUUAACAGUAUCCAGGACCACAACACCAUUUGGGAAGGUUGCUGUGGCCUGCAGCCCACCCUGAAGGAUGCAAAGAUUAUUGGUGAAUCGUCUGGCUUCCGGCCAGUACGCCCCCAGGUUCGGCUAGAACGAGAACAGCUUCGCUUUGGACCUUCGAACACAGAGGUCAUCCACAACUAUGGCCAUGGGGGCUACGGGCUCACCAUCCACUGGGGCUGUGCCCUGGAGGUGGCCAAGCUCUUCGGCCAAGUCCUGGAAGAAAGGAAGCUGCUUAGGAUGCCUCCAUCCCUCCUCUGAUGAUGCCAGUGGCCACCGCCUCCUCCACCCACACUCCCUGCUGCCCUCGCCAGCUGACUAGUGUGCUCCCUCCAUGCUUGCUCUCCACCCCGCCCCCAGACCCCUCCCACAAGAAGCAUGAGGUGAGAGGAAACCACAGGCCAGUGCCCGUGGAUGAAUCCACAAAGCCGAACCCAGCCCCAGCUAGGGUCCUCUGUGAGAGCAGGGGCCGCUCCCUCCGCUUGGGCCCGAAUGGCGGUUGUUCCACGCGUCCUCACAAGAAAGGAGAGCUCAGAAAAUGAGAGAGGGCAGUGGAAAACUGAAGGUCAUUGAAGUCGCACCGAUAUAGGAAGGGUUCUAAAAAGCCCCACUGCCGAGACAGAGCUCUGACCAUUUAAGGCACCUCCCUGAGCCCCUGGGGCUGAGCUUGGAGCUCCAGUGCCGCAGAAGGCUGCAGCAGCUUUCACUGCAGAAAUAGUUGCACUUCACACUAGGGGUAGAACUGGAGUGUGGAAAGCAGAGACGAGAGAGACAUCGAGUGAGUAGCAUCUGAUAUUGUUCCACGCCCAGAAUUCCAAAUGGCAUCAGCUGUCCACUUGAGUGGCCCCUGGACACCUGGGGACCCUUGAGAAGGAGCCACAAGGCACCCCUUUGUUAGAGAAUAAACUCACCACGAGUAUCUGUGUUUGGGGGGAGAGCUGAUUUAACAUCCUCCUGAUCUCCUGGCUGUUCCCCCUGAGAUGCAAAAAACAAUACAAAACAAAACAAAAGAUGGUUUUGAAAGAUUUAAAUGAUCUAGAAGUCACCUGAACAUCUUCAUCCCUAAUUGUCUGUCGGCUUCUGUGAAAGGCCAGAAGUCUUAUGCAUGUGGGGCCCAGCAGGAGGUGCUAUGGGGGGGUCUUGAGCAGCCCAGGCCAUGUCCUGCCUGUGCUAGUUCCCCUGAGGGUUUCUUCACGAGGCAUGCACCCUGAAUUUGGCCAGCCUCAACUAAGUAGGGGGAGAGAGCCAAGAUGUAAGUUAGAGAGCUCUUGUCCUAAUAAUAAUAGCACUUAGUAAUUAUGUCUAACAUUUGUAGCGUUCGGGCCGGGUACCAGGCUUGUGCACAACUGACUACACAUUACUCACUGCCGGCUCAUCCCCUCCACGAGCAGUCAGUCGCGGUUCCUAGGUGUGAAGAACGAGGCACAGACAGUAGUAGGAGAUAAGCAGCUAGGGAGGAUGUUUAAACUAUUUUGAUCUAGCAGGCUAAAAUUUGGAGAUUCCACUUUCAAAAAAAAUUCAAAUUCCCGUCUUGAAAAUCAGGAGCGUCUAUGAGGUAACCAAGUUAUAUGGAGUUGAAUCGUCACAGUCGCCCCCUUUGGAGAGGGUUGUGCUCCUCUCGACCCUCCCCACUUCCGCUUCCGCUUCCUGUUCCCCACACAUUCUCUGGCUUGCUCACUCAUGUCUCCUGGCUGUCCCCUGUGGGAAAUGAACUGCUGCUCCCGGACUUCUAAUAAAGCUGCACAUCUUCAUCUGAAUUCGCCUGAGUAUAAUUUCUGUUCCUUGCAACCAGAACAGACUCGAUGAGAACUGUGUAGUGGACUGCCCUCAGUUACCCCUCAUCUCACCACCAUUGCCACAGAAGCCCACUUUUGUGUUCAAGAGGCCGUGAGUUUCCCUUCAUCCUGUGGGAAGAUUCCUUCCUCGGCCC